GUGAUGUCGUUCAUUGGCUACAAGGACACGAUUGGCGAAGGCGACCUGGUGCUGGCGUUUCUCGGCAGAGAUGCGAUCAAGCCGAUCGUGAUAAACAAGGAGGAGACGCUGAACACGAGGUUCGGGUCUUUCCCUCACGCGCAGAUGAUCGGGCUCAAGUACGGGACUCAAAUGGCGAGUAUCAAAGGGUAUGGGUUCAUCCAUCUGCUACAGCCAAGCGCAGAGCUGUGGACGCUGUCGUUGCCGCAUAGAACGCAGAUCGUGUACACGCCAGAUUCGAGCUAUAUAACGCAGAGGCUGGGGAUCACGGCGGGGUCCAGGGUCAUCGAGGCCGGCACAGGGUCUGCGUCGUUCUCUCACGCGCUGGCGAGAACCGUUUCAGCGGAGGGCCAUCUCUUCACCUAUGAGUUCCACGAGCCUAGGUUCCUGGAGGCGAAGAAGGAGUUCGAAGAGCACGGCCUGCUGGGCACGCCGGUGACUAUCAAUCACAGGGAUGUCUGUAAAGACGGCUUUGAAAUCUCCAACUACGACGGGGACGUCAAGGCAACGUCUGUGUUCUUGGACCUUCCGGCGCCAUGGGAAGCCAUUGCGCACCUGUCGCAAGUUAUCAGUCAGGAUGAGAAAGUUGGUAUCUGCUGCUUCAGUCCUUGUAUAGAACAAGUGUCAAAGACCUUGGACGCGCUGAAAGAGUACGGAUGGACAUCCGUACAGAUGGUUGAGAUCCAAGCCCGUAGAUGGGAGGCAAGACAACAGAUGGUGAGACAAGUUGAUGACGCAGUUCUCAGGCUCAAGGAUGUCAAGAGACGUAAGCUAGAAGGGAUCGAGAGAAAGAGGAGGUUCUACGCGGAGCAUGGCCAGCCAAGGGACGAAGACUCAGAGCAGGAGGUUGAAAAGAGAAAGGAACUCGAAAAGGAGGAGACCAAAGUGGACAGGACAGAAUUCAAUCCAUUUGGAAGAGGCUUGAGAAUCAAAGACGGUGAUGAAGCUUUCAAUUGGAUCAAAGUGUCAAAGACAGAGGCCGAGGUGAAAUCUCACACUUCGUACCUGACGUUUGCAUUCAAACAGGCAACUCCAAGUUCAACUACAUAA